ACUUCCAUACGGACACGACAGACUCUUUUUUCCUCCUCGCGGAGCAAAACGGUCAGCUGGAAGCGAUGCUGACCGUUUGCAGCUAACGGCAUGCUUGGUGGAUCCUUUAUGGAAAUAAGUUGGAUCAUGCGCCAGGUGGUUUCUGAAGACGAUUUCAUGAUUUAAAAACUCAGAAGAUUGAAGAAUCAUAUCCAUUCAAAGCUCUUGUAUGAUUAACGGAUUUUUUCCAAGGAUAGAAGUGAUCACUGUGAGAAAAUAUUCAAGAUUUUGUAAUAAUCUUACAAGUACAAGCUGGACAUAGGCGUUCUUUUGUAGGAUACUUGAAGAAAUUGAAGAUAUCCAGAUUUUGGAUAAGUGGUGCAGGUACUAGGAGUGGAUUCUGUGGAUUUGCUUUGCUCGUUUCUGGAUUCCGUUACCGAUAUUUGGAGAAAACAAUCGUAUUCAUAUUUUGGACUGAGUGAAUUCUGUGGAUUUGCUUUUCCAAUCUUAGAAUUUUUUAGUGAUACUUGAAGGAAGUAAAUCAUAUCCAGUAUCUGGAUUAAGUUGAAUGUUCAAAGGCUGAAAGUGAAUUAUGUGAAGUUGUCUGAACUUUUUCAUUGAAGCUUAGACAAAUAACUAUAUUUCGUUUUUAUGUGCAGUUAUAAAAAGUGAAAUCUGUGGAAUUAUUUUGUUCAUUCUUGAAUUUCAGAAAGCUCAAUUAAGACGUUGAGCUUUAUCUAGAUAUACAGGAAUGGAAAUAAAUUCUUUUUAUCUAUGGAUUUCUUUUAAUUAGGAAAGUGAUACUUGACAAAGAAUUAGUACCUGAGAUCCAUUCCUAAAGAAAUGUGCAACCAGUGUUUAAAAUCCAGUCUAGGUAGCUCAGAAGAUUUUGGUGAAAAUGAACUGCUGAAAAAUGUGAAAUCAUUGCCUAUUAAUAUUCUGGAUUCUUUUCUGCCCCUGCGCCGUCAAUUGACAUCAUGGCUGCUGCAUCCCCACUUAUCGACCGUUGGCCAGCUUCUGUGGAAGAGCUUGACGGAAAGCGAGCGAAAGUGUUGGCGACUGCUGAAACGAUCGGACGCCCUUAGAGCCCUGUUGGCCUUCCUUUUGAUCUUCUACGUCGGACUGCCACUCGCAUUUUACUUAUGUCCCUGGACCCGAAGAUCGGCCGUCUACAUGAAUUUCAUAGAUUGGCCAUUCCAGACUCUCUCACAUCCUGAAUAUUAUGGGUUAAACAAUACAAGACACUUUUUCGUGAAAACCACCCCUGGAAUUAUUCUGGGUGUUUGGCAUGUACCCCCUUCAAGCUACUGUCAUUCACGAUCCACCUUGUCUGCUGACGACCUACCAGUAGUAUUGUACCUCCAUGGCAGUGCAGAAUCCAGAUCGGCCUCUUACAGGCGUAGCAUGUACAAAGUUUUAUCUGAGGGACCUCUGCAAGCUCAUGUCAUAACCUUUGACUACAGAGGAUUCGGCGAUUCCACUUACAUUUCUCCAACAGCUCAGACCCUGGAGGAGGAUGCUACAGCCAUGUACCACUGGCUUCUGAAGCGCGUCUCUGCUUCCAGAAUCAUUGUUUGGGGACAUUCCAUGGGCUCAGGAAUCGCUGUGCGACUGGGCCAAGCUUUGGCUAAAGAUAACACCAACAGCCCCUUCGCAAUAGUUCUGGAAGCCCCCUUCACCAGCAUCGCAGACGCCACGCGCACCUUUCCUUUGUCUUUUUUUCACAGACGAUUGCCUUUGUUUGAAAUGUUCUGUUCUGAAAGAACUCGACACCCGGACACCAAUCUUAACAGCGACGAGCGAGUCGGUGAUAUCACAGCCCCUAUCCUUAUUCUUCACGCUGCAGAUGAUAGCAUGGUGUGGUCGGAACAAGGAAAGAGAUUAUGGGAAAAGGCUAUCGAGGCCAGAUCCCCUCACUUACAUAAGCCCGUCUUUGUGGAACUGGAUGGAAGGUUUGGAUGUGGGCACAGAAACAUCCACAAAGCACCCAACUUGCCAUCAGAAAUCAUGAGCUUCAUGAGAAGUGUUAAACAGCAUAAUGAAACUGUGCGAAGGAAUCGAUAAAAGAUUAUUUUAAGCAAAAAUUGUCAAUAUAUAUUUUUUAGCAAUGGCUUGAGGUUCUAACAAAGUCUCGGAUCCAUAAGAAGUAUAUCAACCAAUUAAAUUUCAUAAGCUGAAUCCUCAUAGAUGGACGAAUAAGACUGUCAUUAAUAUUUACAUUCAUACUACUUUAAAAAAAAAUGCAGAAAAUUUGCAAUGUCUAAAAUUCCUUUUGAAUCUUCUCAUUAUGGUACAUAAUAAUUCAUUACAGUUAGAUCUAGCAUACAUGAAAGAAAAUUUUUGAACUUUAACACUAAACUGUGUGCCCAUAAACAUUCUUUGCUCGAUUAAAAUUCUAUCUAAUAAGAAAUAAUAAGUUUAAUUCAUUUUAUUGCUUUUAUUUAUAUUUAAUGUUAAGCUUAACAAAUCUAGGCUUCCGAGUGAAAUUUCAACUGUUGACAGUAGAUUACUUUGGGCCCUAUUCUAAGAGGACCACUUUUGGGCUACUUUCAUUUUAGGAGAAGUAGUGAUUCAAAAGAGGAAAAAAUAAGAUAUUUUAUAAUAAAUUUAUGAAUUAUGCAAUUUCAUUCUCGGCAAAUAAUGACUCGCGAUAACUAUUUAAAUUGAUACACAUUUCAAAUUACAAAUGAAGAACUGUCACAUCUCUUAAUAGACUCGCGAUAUAGCGCUGAUUUUGACUGCAACAACAACUAUCGUGGCUCAAUUAGUUUGAACAUAUGAAUCAGGGUUUAAUAAAAGAUAAAUUUCGUUCUCACAGUUAAUCAAAACCUUUACAAUGUAAAGGUUCUCUUUAUUUAGAGAUUUUGAAGAAAAUGUACCAUCAAGUGCCUGAAAAUUACAAAUAUACAUCUAAAUUCAAUCCAAAAUAUACCCAUCAAAGCACAACAUAAAGGACGGGGAAGACGUUUUUAGAAAAUAGAGAAGAGAAUUACCAGGAAUUUCAGAAGUGUCUGAUUCUUUAAUAUCUUCAUAAGAAACAGAUUAACGUAUUAAUUAAAAAAGAGGAAGACCAGGCCACAAAUUUUCCAUAUUGAACCUGCCAUUAAAGAAAAGUUAGAAAUAUUGAGUAUCGCUGGAAAAGAGAUGAAUAUCAUUGAAUAUAAACCUUGUCUCUGUGUUUAACGGAUUACAUCGAACCGGAUUUGCCAAAGCCUCAUUUAGGACAGCAAGAAUUCUUUAAUUGAUCAGCAUUUUGACAAGACUCAGCACUGUACUCGACAGUCACAGACGAUAUCUACCUCAAUACCGAAGCAAAUUUCUACAGAUGUUUACAUUAGUAUAGUUUCUUUCCGCUGAAAUGUUCUAGUUAAUUUACAGACGGUGCAGAUCAAAAAUUUUUGUGUGAAAUAUCUGAUAAAUCAUGAAGAUGGAUAAUCACUGGUUAUAGCUUGAACUUUUUGUUCAUGAAAGAAUAUUGUUAUGUAAUUCAUCAGUUGUAAUUCAAUGAUAAAAAAAAAUUAUCUUUACAUUUCAGAAUUACUGCUCAUCCAUUUCUGCUGUCCUCAUGUUUUGUAAAUGACCAGUGGUGACUGAAAUCAACAUGACUACAUCAGUUACCUUCAACAAAGUUGACAUAUUUUUUAUAGUUUUAAAGUAUAACCAAGAUCCAUCUUAAAUAUUGUAAGAAUAAAAUUAUGUAUUCAAAGAAGAGAAAAAGAAAAAUUUGUAUCAACGCUGCCAACAAACUUGUGCUUGUCAUUUCCCAAUACUUCUAUAUUGUAAAAUUCCCUGAAACAUUUCUGAAAUGCAUCCCUAGCAGCACACAAAUACUGUACAAUAUUGUAUGACAUUGAUCAAUAUUGUAUAAUAUUGAUUAAUAUUAUAUAAUAUGGCCCAAUACUGUACAAUAUUGUAUGACAUUGAUCAAUAUUAUAUAAUAUUGAUUAAUAUUAUAUAAUAUGGCUCAAUACUGUACAAUAUUGUGCAACAAGCUGUGUUACCUGGGAUAUUAAAGACAUUCUCAAGAACAUAAAAAUAUUUCUUCUAGAAAGAUCUGGGAUCAUGAUUUUAAAUUGUAAAUCGAACGAAAUGAAAAAAUUGAUUUAUUCUAAUAUCCGACCAAAUAAAAAUAAUAGUUUUAUUCCAAA